AUGAACCUACUGGUCCUGGACGAUGGCGUCAAAGAGGCCAUCCACCUCUAUCCCUCUCUUUCAGUAAUGCGUCCUGAGCGGUGGCUUUCAUACCUUAUUGCUGCUCCAUCGCAAGCACAAGAUGCGAACUGUUCAUUGGAUGGGGAAGAUGCUGCAUCCACGUCGAGAUCUGCUGUUCUGUGCGUCAAGGAUAGUGCGCGGUUUCCUAGUGUGCUCCAACUUCCAUUCCUGCAUGCCAGUUUUUCAAUCCUUCGCAUGUCAUACCCGGAAUCAAAACGAGUUCUCGCAACGCUCGUACUUUGCACUUCUCGCUCUCAACGGAACGGAAUGCACAAGGUCAUGCGAAGGAAAUUCAGCGGAAGCUACGGGCAUUUCAUAUUAACGCCACAGGUGCCGCUGGAUUUGCGGUUGGUGAAAAAGGAUUAUUUUAUUUGGUAG